AUGGAUUCUUUUAACGAUUCAAGCCAAGAGCCAUCAGAACUAAACACAGACAUAGAUCUUAAAAUCAGUAGUGAACAAUCUAAUGAAGAUUUUACAAAAGAAUCGGAACCCAAAGAAGAAAAUAUUAAAUCUAUCUCUGAAGACUCAAAAGAAUAUUCAUCAGAUGAUACAAAAACAUACACUAAAGAUAUAACUUUUAACAAAUCACAAAUCAAAUCCACAAAUGAUAAAGUUCAAAAAAUGCAAUUUAAACAAAGUAGGCUUAUGACAGAAAAUCAAGUAUUACACAAUCAUAUAGAUCAGUUGGUAACCUCAAAGUCCGCUGCAGAAUUUGAAUUAAAGCAACUUAAAUUACAAGAUAAAGAAAUUAACGAAUCGCAAGAGAAUAUGAUACAAAAUUUAAGCAUCGAAAACACACAGCUUAAAAGGAAACUCGAUGAUGCACAAGAAACAAUAGAAUCACAAGCUCAAGAAAUAGCAAAAUUAACAAAGGAACAAAAGGAAAUGCAGAAUGCUACAUUCAAUGAAAUACAAAGCCUAAAACAAGAAAAUAGAAAACUUACAAGGAAACAAAAACUACAAACUCAAAAUGCUGCAAACAAAGAAGAAAAUGAAAUUAUUAAGAAGUUACAAGAACAAAAUGAAAAGAACCUAGACAAAAUUGUGGAGUUCCAGAAGCAUCUUGCUGCCUUGACAACUUUGCUAAAUCUUCAAAAUGUAAAAUCAGAAGAAUUAUGGAUAAAAAUAAUGGAUGAAUUUGCAUUAGGACGAGCUGCAAAGGAGAGGAAUGCAAUAUUGGAACAAGAAAAUGCAAAGCUCAAGUCAGAUUUGAAAAUUUCUUUAGAAGAAUUAGAAAAUAUUAAAAAACCUACUAAAACAUCAUCAAAACAAGCAGAUGAAUUGAACUCUGUAUUACAGAAACUAUUACACGAGGAAAGAAAGAUAAAUAAAGAGAAUUGCAUUCAAUUAAAUAAAUUACACGAAAAAGUCAAGUUUUCUAAUAUUUUUGCUCAAGUAUUAUGCAAUGUUUACAAACAAGUUAAUGAUUUACAUGCUGCUUUACAAAGGGAUCAAAACAAAAACAAAUUUAAAUCUUUGAUUUUUACAACUAUUUGCAUUCGUAAUUUGUUAUCGAAGAAUAACUCAAGUAUAGAAGAAACAACAGUGAUUCAUAACACAUUUGAUGCAUUUUUCAAGAAAAAUUGCGAUAAAAAUAUUGAUUGCAAAUUUAAAUGGCUUAGAAUGGCCUAUACUCGAUUGACAGAAGAUCUUGUGCAUUCUCAAGCUGAUUUACAGACAUCAGAAGAAAAAAGGAACCAUUUGAAAAAGAAAAUUAAUCAAAUGAAGUUAGAAAUCACUCAAAACACGGACAAUUCAUCCCAUUACGAAAAGAAAUAUCGAGCAAUGCGUCAAAAGAUUGACACACUCAAAGCAGAACUCAAUUCCAUGAUACAACCUUCGCUUUAUGAAAGCACAGUAAAAUCUCUUGACCAAGAAAUCGCGAGAUCCAGUGAAUUGCAAGGGAAAUGCAUCAAACUCGAAGAGACACUUACAGAGAGGGACAAUGAAAUAGUCAUUCUCAAGAGAGAAAUCGAUACAUUGCAUGUGACAAUUAACACAGUCAAUGCAAAUUUAGAAAAUGUUAAAAAUCAAAUGAAAGAAGAUGAUGCAGAGAAGGAAAUCUUAGAACUUCUAGUUAAAGGAAAGUCAAAGGAUAUACUUGCAUUAGAAAGAAUUGUCGCAAGACAAGAGAAUUAUAGAGCUUCUGUAACUCAACAUUUGAAUUUAGUUACUAGAAGCUUAUCACCUCACAUUCCAUCAGCAGUAUUAGGUGAUAAAUGCAUAAAAAUCGGAAAGCCUACUGCUUUAGCAGAAAAUAUUAAUCCUGCUUUUAUUUACAAUUAA